UGCGGAGCCUGCGGUAAGCAAAGGUGUUUGCCGUCGAGCUUUUUUUUUAAAUUUUGAACUCGCGUUUGCAUUUAAUUUGUUCGCUUUUGAAACUGUUUGUUUUGAUCAUUAAAUAUUUUAACAAGAAACAGCUAUGGACUCCUCGUCUUUUAUGUCGUGUUGCUCUUCAAAUGAGGACUUUAUGGAGAAGUUGUACUACUCUGCAUCGGAUGACGAUUCUUUCCAGUCUGCACUGCACGUGUCGGAUGAGGGAUCAUUCCAUUCUGCAAUGGAUACCAGUGACGUUUCGAUGGGAGACCGAUCGAAAUUAUCGUGGAAUGGCGACAAAGAAGGAUCGUCGUCGUACAGUGAUGAAGAAGCGCGCCACACGGACGAGUCGAAUUCCCUGGAUCCGUCGGAAGAGUCCUCCAGUUUCGACAUGGCGGAUAGUGAUGCAGCAUCCAUGCAGUUGUCCAUGCCGUCGUUCACUGUUUCCUUGGAGGACAGCCAUUUUAGUGUAGAGUGCACGAACGAAGAGAAUGCCAGCGGCGAACGUACCUUGGACAAGAGUUUCUUCGAUUUCGAGUACCAUGCUGCAAGACCGUCGCACGGUGACUCUACAGAUGGCGCUGCAUCGUUCCACCUCAACGCAGUUCAGGGAGAAGGGAUGGAAGCCAAGGAUGACGUGUCGGUCAGAUCCGCUUUGAUGAGCGCGAGCGGAACGGGGUCGUUGACCUGUGAUGUGGCGGCCAUGGUCAUGGCGGCCGCUAUGGCGGAACCUCUACCAUCGGAAGAAGCAGGCGUUGCGAUUUGUGAUAAACCCCAUACUGCUCCUCGGACGCCUGUAGAGACACGGAGCCGUCGAACCAGGAAGGCCAGCAGUGGCGCCCUUGAAGCCGGAACGUCCGCGGCAAAACUUGCACCGCCGCGUAAGCAGCGCGCUCAUCGGGUUACGGAUAAAGCGUCGGGACAAAGUUUCCAAGAAGGGCAAAUCGUGCAUUUCCCAGCGAAGCCGACGAAAGGCCAUCCGCCGUACUAUUAUACCGGCCAAAUCGUCCAGCAAAUACUGGACAAGAACGGUGCUUUGGGUUACAUCGUCCGAUAUGCGUAUUUCACUUCGCUGAAGAUGGACAAUUGGCGCUUUUACAAAAACACCAAACCCGACUUCAUUUGUGCGAGUGCCUUAAUUGCGGAUGGGAUCGAUGCGCGCAUGUUUGUGCAGCGCACUAACCAGCGCUACCGCACCGCGGUGAAGCGAAUGGCUUGUCGAAAGAAUGCGGAUGGACGCCGCACAGGUGAUAUAGCGAAGCGAGUGUAAAUAUUCCAGCCGAUGUUACGGUAUUUCUUGUUACAUGUAAUGAUUUUGCUUUCAUGUUAUAAAGCCGCCGUUACAAAUUACAAAAUUGAUGCUUUUAUUUUGUUCUUGAUUAUUUGCGAGAUUUUUCGUUGAUUUAUUGCAGUACUUCGUAUCUCGAUUGAUUAGCUUACCGCUUUCUUUACGAAUGUAUUAUUAUGCGGUUUUGUUUUAAUUCCGUCGUUUGUACGGAGUUUUAGAUGGUUUAUGUACCUACGCACUGCAGAAUGUGUAGCUCUGUUUCUUUCUGCGCCUGCAGUUGCGCAUCUGCUUGAAAGUCUGGCAUUAUCAGGAAAGGGUAGAACGGU